GUCCUGCCCGUCCAGCCGGCCCCGCCCGCCCGGCCCCGGGGAGGGAUGCGGCGGCGCGGCGCCCAGGAUGCCCCGCAGCCCCGGGACGCGCCUCAAACCCGCCAAGUACAUCCCGGUGGCCACGGCGGCCGCACUGCUGGUCGGCUCCAGCACCCUGUUCUUCGUGUUCACGUGCCCAUGGUUGACACGAGCUGUGUCCCCAGCCGUUCCUGUCUACAAUGGCAUCCUCUUCCUCUUUGUGCUGGCCAACUUCAGCAUGGCCACCUUCAUGGACCCUGGCGUCUUCCCCCGAGCGGAUGAGGACGAGGAUAAGGAGGAUGACUUCCGGGCCCCGCUGUACAAGAACGUGGAUGUGCGGGGCAUCCAGGUCCGUAUGAAAUGGUGCGCCACCUGCCACUUCUACCGCCCGCCACGCUGCUCCCACUGCAGCGUCUGCGACAACUGCGUGGAGGACUUCGACCACCACUGCCCCUGGGUCAACAACUGCAUUGGGCGCCGCAACUACCGCUACUUCUUCCUGUUCCUGCUGUCGCUCAGUGCGCACAUGGUGGGCGUCGUAGCCUUCGGCCUGGUCUACGUGCUGAACCACGCCGAGGGGCUGGGCGCCGCGCACACCACCAUCACCAUGGCCGUCAUGUGUGUGGCUGGCCUCUUCUUCAUCCCUGUCAUCGGCCUCACUGGCUUCCACGUGGUGCUGGUCACUCGGGGCCGCACCACCAAUGAGCAGGUGACGGGGAAGUUCCGUGGGGGUGUGAACCCCUUCACCCGCGGCUGCUAUGGGAACGUGGAGCACGUGCUGUGCAGCCCCCUGGCGCCCCGGUAUGUGGUGGAGCCGCCCCAGCUGCCCCUCGCCGCUCGCCUGAAGCCACCCUUCCUUCGGCCGGAGCUCCUGGAGCGAGCGGCACCACUCAAGGUCAAGCUUAGUGACAACGGGCUGAAGGCUGGACUGGGCCACAGCAAGUCCAAGGGCAGCCUGGACCGGCUGGAUGAGAAGCCGCUGGACCUGGGGCCGCCGCUGCCCCCCAAGGCGGAGGCCGGCACAUUUGGCAGCGACCUGCAGACCCCACGCCCCGGCAGUGCUGAGAGCGCCCUGUCGGCGCAGAGGACCAGCCCCCCGACACCCGCCAUGUACAAGUUCCGGCCCGCCUUUCCCACGGGUACCAAGGCGCCCUUCUGUGGGCCGGGCGAGCAGGUCACGGGCACUGACUCCCUGACGCUGGGGGAGGACAGCAUCCACAGCCUGGACUUUGCAUCCGAGCCCAGCCUGGACGUCCCUGACUACCCGCCCAGCAGCCUGCAUGCAGCCUACCCGCCGUCCCCACCACUCAGUGCUGCUGACACCUUCUCAGGCGCCUUGCGCUCCCUGAGCCUCAAGGCUGCCAGCCGGCGGGGCGGGGACCACGUGGCCCUGCAGCCCCUGCGCUCUGAGGGUGGGCCCCCCACGCCCCACCGUGGCCUCUUUGCCCCCCACGCGCUGCCCAACCGCAACGGCAGCCUGUCCUACGACAGCCUGCUGAACCCUGGCUCUCCUGGGGGCCACACGUGCCCGGCCCACCCCUCAGCUGGCACAGCCAGCUACCGCUCGCCCUACCUGCACGCGGGGGCAGCGGGCGACCCACCACGGCCCCCGCCCCGCAGCUUCAGCCCCGUGCUGGGUCUGCGGCCUCGGGAGCCCUCGCCUGUGCGCUACGACAACCUGUCCAGGACCAUCAUGGCCUCCAUCCAGGAGCGCAAGGACAGGGAGGAGCGUGAGCGGCUGCUGCGCUCUCAGGCUGACUCGCUCUUUGGCGACUCGGGUGUCUACGACGCACCCAGCUCCUAUAGCCUGCAGCAGGCCAGCGUGCUGUCCGAGGGCCCCCGUGGCCCCGCACUGCGCUGUAGCUCCAGGGACGACCUGGUGGCCGGGCCCGGCUUCGGGGGCGCCCGCAACCCCGCGCUGCAGGCGUCGCUGUCCUCGCUGUCCAGCGCCGUGAGCCGGGCGCCGCGGACCUCCUCUUCCUCCCUGCAGGCAGACCUGGCCAACAGUGGCGCCCCGGGGGCCAGGCCCACCAGCGGCUCCCACAGGUCGCCCGUGCGCCAGGUCCCUCCGUCCCCACCUAGCACUCCCCGCUCGCCCUCCUACGUGGGCCCCAAAGCCGUCGCCUUCAUCCAAGCGGAGCUCCCAGAACCGCCGCCCUCGCUGUCUGUGCAGAGGGACCACCCUCAGCUGAAGACCCCCCCAAGUAAGCUUAAUGGGCAGUCCCCGGGCCUGGCCCGCUUGGGGCCUGCCACCGGCCCCCCAGGGCCCUCCGCCAGCCCCGCCCGGCACACGCUCGUUAAGAAGGUGUCCGGCGUGGGUGGGACCACAUACGAGAUCUCGGUGUGAGGACUGACUGCCACCCGUCGCCGUAGCGCCAUGGGAGCCAGGACCCCCCCCCACGGCGGCUGCCCCCCCUCCCAACUUCUCUGCCCCGGGAGAGGAGGCCCAGGCUUGGUGUGGACGCAUCGGCGGGAGGAGAACCACGCCUCCACGGGCCUAUCCCUCGUCCUCAGCCCGUGCAUCCACUCAUCUGCUCACCAGGGCACAGCUGGGCCAAGGGCCAUGAGGCUGCAGGAUCUGCGUGUUGGUGGCCCUGCUCCCACGAGCUGGGGCAGCAAGGGGGCGUGGACUGCACAGGUUGUCACCAGGCCAGUCCCUACCCACUUCCCUUACACAUGGGUCACUGUGGCCCAGAGAUGGACAGAGAGCCCUGGGCCCCUGGCCGUCCUCCCAGACCGAGGGCCCCACCGCCCAGCUGCUCCUAACCAUUGCCUUUCAGGGACCCGCUGGAAGCUUGUAGCUUGGCAAGGCCCACUCUUCUGCAGGGAGUCCAGGCCCGGCCCACAGGCACCCAGCUCCGGGACUGCUCUGG